AUGGGAAGUUUCAAAGGCCUUGCAGCUUUUGCUGUAUUGAAUCUCGUCUCGGUCUCGAAAAGUGACGGGGUGCCUGGCAUCAACGAGGCUCAACACUCGAUUCUUCGCCAACAGGAAUACAAUCUCUGUCUCUUCGACAAAUACGCAACAACGACUUGUACACCUUACGGUACCGCUGGAAUGACACCGAUUACUACUGUAAUCACUGCUUCUAACUCUGCCUCUGCAACCUAUGUAGCGUCAUAUCUCACAGAAUACGCUGGGUUGCCGUGUGGAAUGGCAACGAUCUCUACUAGUGUCAGUGGGGUAGAAACGAGUACGGUUUAUGUUGGAGAAUUGGGACAAGUCUGGAGCAAAGUCAAUGGAGAUUACAAUGCAUAUCCGACACAUCCACCACCUCCUCCAGUCACGACUGCGAGUUGUCAUUAUACUUCUUCAUUGAGUUCCAGAAGCAGCACUCGCUUCAGUACCAAUAGCGCAACCAAAUCUAAUACCUCUCAUUUUAGCACUCUAACGAGUCGCUCAUCGAGUGUUCUUUCUAGCGCCGGCAGUGCUUCCACUUUAAGCAGCAGGUCGAGUAGUAGGAGCUCUACUAGGAGUCAGAACGGUGUUUCCACAACUUGUGUUUCGCUCGUCUAUGGUUCUAGUUGCGGAAUCGUCUCUACUACUCCUUCGACUUCUAGUACCACCAAAGCAACGACACAUAGUACUGUGCUGACGACUUGUAAAUAUUCCGCGUAUGGUUCUAGUUGUGAACCACUAUCUACUUCUGUGACAAGCUCUAGUAAUGCUACCGAAUCAAGUUACUCCACCGGAACAGCUACCCUUUCAAGUAGCACCGGAACUUCGAACACAACAGUUUCUUCAUCAGCGGUCAGCGGCACCUCUUCACUGACUUCGACUCUUCCGAUCUCUCCGUCUCAAACCGCGUCUUCGGUGAGCGCGUCUGGUACUCUUAGCCAGGCAAGCACGAAUCCAUCGUCCGCGACUAGCACCAGAUCCAGGGUUUCGAGUCCUUCCACUUUGACCUCUGCUUUAAGCUCCUCGUACACUGGCACUUCUACAGAUUCUAUUUCAACAGUUUCUUCUAAGAGCACCACUUUUGGCGAAAGUGUUUCAACAAGUAUUAGCUCACAGGCAGUAUCCUCUGCAACUUCUCAGACCUCGUCCUCAGAAUCUCCCUCCUCGUCACCAUCACCAGUAUCUAGCACAAUAGUGGCUACUUCAAGCGGGAUUGAGACGAAUACGACACCUUCUGGAACCGCGACCACAUCGUCAAGGAGUUCCAUUUCCGCUUCAUCGUCAUUGGUGAUUAGCUCGAGCGAAAGUGCUUCGGCGAGCACAAUUGUGGGAGGGCCAUUGACAACAGUGUUGGGAACAUCAACUACUAUUGGUGCUACGGUUUCUUCAUUAGACCUGAGUUCUUCUUCUAGCUCUGCUAUAACUUUUGUUUCCUCGAUUGCGUCUGAAUCAUCUUCAGGCACAAUAAUACCGUCGACAGUCGGAGAUUCGUCUUCAUCUUCAAGUAGUGGCACAAGCUCUUCGUCAAGUCAACCAUCGAAUACCGAGAUUCCAGGCCCCGGAUCAUCUGCAAUUAUUACGUUGUCUCCAAGCACAGCCGCACCUACGACUUCAGUGACUACGACAACGUCGCGUUCCGAUGGAGGAGGCAUCAUCAUUGUUCCAGUUGGGAUUCCAACCAUCACAACGUUUCCAGGCCCAAUAUCAACAACAUCCCUCAAUACAGUGGUUGGUGUAACCACAAAUCAAAUUUACACAACUGUCGAUGCUUCGGGAGCAGCUGUCACUGCCUUGCUUUUCUUCCCUUGUCUCUUCCUCUGCGAGGGCGGUCUUGGUGCCUUCUUGGUCUUUGGGGUCGGCCCAGCACCUGGUCUCUACUUCCCACCUCUUCUCCCCCCAAUUCUCAUCGGACCAGAUCACAUCCCAACAGCAGCACCGAACAACCCUUCACCUACUCUGUCAGCGCCGACUGACAAUCCAACACCUUCAACGACUGAAGCCCCAAGUACCAGCUCAUCAAACGCUUGUAAUACCCGAACAGCAAGCGCAUGUUCCACUCUCUGCAAUGGCAAUAAUUGCCAGACGAGCUGCUCAGCAGUAGCCACGGGAUGUUCAGCCACAUGUUCAGGGACAACAUGCUCCGUAUCGUCUACGAAGAUCAACCUCGCUCCAGCUUUCACAGGCGGCUCUACAAUCGACCAUGACUGGAAUGCUCAAACCGAAUUCGACCCAGCAGCAGCCGAGUCUGUAGCUUCAGCAAUCGACGCCAUCGUCACCGAAGAUAAUCUCCCCGCCUCAACUGUCAUCACUUCGAUCCAAAUAACCACAUUCAUAACCACGACGAGCGCUAGACCGCCACUGAGCGGAACCAGCGUCGACGAAACUAGCUAUGGACCUGGAUCUUUCUGCCUAGGACUCAGCCCUGGUGGUGGGUUGACCUGUAUCACCAUUCCUGCAAAUUGCUAUAUCGCAAUUCCGUCUUUCAAUGUCAUUCCAAAGACGACGUGUACUAGGACCAUUGUACCUCGGACUACAGUCUCGGAAGCGGUCAUCGUACCUAGAGCUUCGGGUUCUGUAAUGGGGAUCCCAACUGCUGCGGCUUGCGCACUUGGUCGUAGAGUGAAAGAUGGAUGUGGGCGGAUGUGA